GUAUUUUUUAGCAUUGUGAUAAGCUUGGAAAUGAUUCCUCAUAUGGACUGAAUAUUUAUGCCUUUCACCAACAAAUAAAUGAUGCCUGGACAAAUGGAAUGGACCGAUGUAACUCCGGGUAAUUUGGGCCCAUCAGAUCCAUCAUAUCUCCAGGAUACGGCAUUGCCGGCAACUUACCAUGAAAGAUCCAUGUCUCCAAGAAGCUCCGAAGAUGUCAGCGGGAUGCGAAAACGAGGGAGCUAUCACGAAGAAGGAUUUCCUUUGAAAGAUCCCUAUAUGGUGACUGUCAAGCAAAACAGUCGGCAGGAACGCCGUGUAUACGUGGGAAAUCUUUCUUUUCAAGUCCGAUGGUAUGAAUUGAAGGAUUUUAUGAAACAGGCAGGUCACGUAUUGUAUGCCGAGAUCCUCAAUCUACCGAAUGGUCUUUCCAAGGGUUGUGGUAUCAUAGAAUAUUCGACUAGUGAAGAAGCACAAAGAGCAGUGGAAACACUUAGCAACCAAAAGUUUAUGGGUCGCCUCAUUUAUGUCCGAGAAGAUCGUGAACAGGAACCCAAAUUUGGUUCUCGUAUUUUGCCUCAUGGACACAUGUUUGAUCGAGAAAAUGAUACAGAACGACAGUUAUUUGUAGGAAAUCUUCCCUAUUCUGUCCGUUGGCAAGAUCUGAAAGACUUGUUUCGACAAGUUGGCACUGUUGUUCGUGCCGACGUGCAAAUGAACCGGGACGGUCGUUCCCGUGGUAUAGGAAUUGUUUUAAUGAGCUCCUCGAAAGAUGCACACGAUGCUAUAAAAUCGCUAAACAACACUGAUUACAUGGGUCGCACACUCGAAGUGCGAUUGGAUCGCUUUGCCAAGCAUAGAAACAAUUCAUACACUGUUCCUGGCGUUGGAUUCCCUAGUUAUUCGCAUGAUGCUUCCUCUAUGAUGAGUAGUCCGAUGUAUAUGCCAGCAAUGGUAGGUGUACCAGCUGCAUUUGAUGAGUUUGUAGAUAAUGCCUUCUCACACGGUGCCCCAUCAAAUCGCAUCCACGUUGGUAAUAUACCGUGGGCCGCCGUUAAUCAAGAUUUGUUUAACCUUUUUGGAAACGUUGGCAAUGUAGUGCAAGCGAAAAUUGCUUAUGAAUCGAAUGGUCGUUCCAGGGGCUACGGUGUUGUACAAUAUGAGAAAGAGCAGCAAGCUGGUGAUGCCAUUGAAUAUUUAAACGGUUAUCAAUUUGGUGGAAGACAUUUACAAGUUUCUUAUGUUCGUUACGGUCAGCCGAAAAACCCUCUAUUACCAAGUAUGAUUCCUACCCUUACGACGGCUCCGAUGGCUUACCCUUCUCCCAUCAUCCCUAUUUCAACAUCUAAUUCUCCUAUGGCUUCACAAUCGUUUGCCAGUCCUAUGCUCAGCUAUGUACCGCUUCCCAUGGCUACUCCUAGCCUGUCACCAAGUGUACCCACAACGCCAGUUGUUAAUGAUAUGGUAGAUAACUCUCAGCAAGAUUCAUCACCUAAUGCUUCCACUGAAGCAGCGAGAGCUUUUGAAUUGCUUUCUUCCCUUCGAACAAACGGUGAAUCGUAAUCAUGUUCGGCAGGAAUUUUAGCGCUGUGUUUUAAUGAUUCGUUAUUUGACGGUUUCUUUAGAAUUAAUAUAUCUUGUCUAGAGCAGCGUCCGAACUAUUGGUCUUCUACGAUAAUACCUGCUAUCAAAGUUAGCGUGUUGAAUAACCUUAUUCGAAGAAUUUUCAUUAUAACUUCUUUUUGUUCUGUCGCUUAAAAAUUUAUUUGUUCUUAGUAAAAAAAGGCUUUAAGCUUCUCAUUGCAGUUUCCUCAAACGCCUUUUUGGGACUUGCAUAUGAUAAUCUUCUUGUUUCUUCCUUUCUUCUUGGAGUUUUUGUAAAGAAUAAGUUAUGCUUUCUCCCGUAACGAAUUCUCUUGUCUCAAAGUACAGACCGAAUCUUUCAUCCUCUUCUUGCGUUCUUCGUUUCCUCUUGCUUUUUUGUUUACUAAUAUAUAUAUGAUGUUAAUUUAUGCUUUCAACGCUUUUUGCUAUAUUAGAUUUAACGUUAUUUAUAUAAUAUACUCCAAGCUUCUUUAAUAUUAUGUUUCUUUUUAAUAUAAUCUUAUCAUGCCCUAUUGCAGAUGAUGCAGUUGAC